AAAUUUCUAGGUUAUGUUAUUCGUUUUUUAUUUAUUUUUAUAUUGUCUAUGUAUGUACAAUAAAUAUUUAGUUAUUAUUAAAUAUAAUGAAUUCUAUAACUAAACUUUAGUUAUAGAAUUCAUGCUAAAUAUCUAUGAUUAACGGCGAACCCCAUAAUGUCUUCUAACAAUCACACACAGAUGUGUAAUCACACAAGUGUCCUCCAAAAGAGUUAAUUUUCUGUAAGUACCAAGAUAUAAGACAAUACACAGAGAAACACAGUUAGUCUUAAAACUCGACAUUGCUUAAAUAAUUGAUCCAAACUUUAGCAUUUUAAAUGUGCAAACAAACACUCUGAUAGCACCCUCAAAACAAUAGUCUAUUUUAUUGGUAUGUAUAUAAUACCCCUUUUGGGCUUUUUAAUACCCCAUUUGGUUGGUAUAAUACCCCUAUUUGAAUUAAGUACAUAUGCGUUGAAAAUAUUUUACUAGCAUUAAAGGAUCUAAAGAAUGAAGUCUAUUUUUUAAGAUUGUUGACAACUAAAUAAACAAUAUGUUUAAAAACUAUAAUGCUAGGUCAUGUUUGGUAUGAGUACCUACCCAUUUGUAUCAUUUGCCAAACAUCCUGUAGAAUUCAUUAUUGCCAAAGCUCUAAAUUAUAAAAAUAUGGAAAAAAUUAAAGCUUUAAUUGGUGCAGACUCCUUCAGAACUUUACUAAACUGCAAUAUAAGCAGUCUAAACGGUCUUGUUGACACAAACAUAAAUGAGCUACAAGAUGUAUUAAGUGUGUCAUAUGAAACUGCCAAAAAAAUGCAACUUAUUGCAUAUGAAGAAAUUUUACACAAUAAAAUACAAAAAGCAGAUGAAUUUAAGGAAUGUUCUCGUAUCAAAACAAGAUGCAUACAUUUAGAUGAAAUUCUUCAUGGAGGUGUUCCUGUUAAUGGAAUUGUUGAAAUUUUUGGUUGCAGUGGUGCUGGUAAAACCCAAUUUUGUUUGCACUUGUGCUUGCAGAUUCAGUUGCCUGUAGAACUAGGAGGUUUUGGAAAAGAAGUAGUAUAUAUCUGUACGGAAGAUGUUUUUCCAAGCAAAAGACUGCACCAACUUGCACAGGCAUUUAGAAAAAAAUAUAAGACAAAUAUAAACUUUGAAGACCACAUCUACAUUCAACAUAUAGCCACAUCUGUACAACUAAGAAAUGUCAUAAAACAUCACUUACCCCAUUUUAUAAAAUUCAAAAAUGUGGGCCUUAUUGUGAUAGAUUCAAUUGCGGGGUGCUUUAGAAGUGAAACAGAAACUCUAGACUAUAUUUUUCGAAGCAAUAUGCUCAAUUCUAUCGCUAAUAAUUUAAAUAGUUUACAGGAUCAAUUUGAUUGUGCUGUCCUAACUGUAAACCAAGUGUCAGACACUGCGACCGGAGCCACUGAACCAUGUUUAGGGCUGGCCUGGGCAAACAAUAUUACGAGUAGAUAUAGUUUAAGCAGAAAGAAUGAAUUUGGGACUAGAGUGUUUGAAGUUGUAUUUGCACCAGACCUACCACCAAAAUCCUGUGAUAUUUUGAUUACUCCCGAGGGUUUAAUGGAUAUAUAAGUAAUUAAAGGACAUAACAAAAUAAAAUAAGCUGUUUUUUGAGAAAAUGAUUAUCAAGUAUUAAAAUACACAUAUAUACAUAUAUUUGUACAAAUAGAGGUGUAUAGAAGAGAUUUGGUAAUAAAAAACUUGCUAUACCUAUAAA